CGACGUCAUCGCCCCAAUCCCUCUCUUGCAGCAUCCUCAGCAAUGUCGAAAUCCAAAGGCGAUACCGUCCAGGCCGAUGCGCGGCGCUUCCUUGAUGAGCGCGGCUCCAAUGCUGCGCUCGCGCCAAACGGCCUCAACCCCGCGACCAUUAUGGAAAAGGCAGUCAAGGACCGCAUCGUCGACUCAUACUUUUACAAAGAGCAAUGCUUCGCUCUAAACGAAGCCGAUAUCAUCGAUCGAGUCGUCGAGCAUGUCAAUUUCAUAGGAGGCACACACGGCGCCUCGCAAAAACCUAGUCCUUUUCUGUGUCUGGCGUUCAAGCUGCUCGAACUGGCACCCAGCGACGCCAUUAUCCAAGAAUACCUGUCUUAUGGAGGAGAACACUUCAAAUACCUGCGCGCGCUAGCAUGCUUCUACGUACGAAUGACGAGACAGGCCAAGGAUGUAUAUACGACUCUGGAGCCCUUUUUAGAAGACAGACGGAAAUUGAGACGGAAGGCCAGGGCGGGCACUUCGCUUACGUUUGUGGAUGAGUUUGUGGACGACCUGCUUACCAAGGACAGAGUGUGCGCGACGAGUCUGUGGAAGAUGCCGAAGAGAGAAGUUCUUGAGGAUUUGGAAAUACUGGAUCCGAGAGUGAGUCCGUUGGGAGACAUUGAGGAUUUACUGGAAGAAGAUGACGAGGGAGAGGGUGAAGACAAGGCAAAUGGAGAACGAGAGGAAUCCGGAGAAAUAUCAGAAAAAGACGAGAUGGAAAUGGAGAGAGACGAAGACCGGAGAAGCCGCAGCAGAUCACCUUGAAGUUGGCCAUCGACAUUUAGAAAGCGUUUCCCAACUCGAGCACCAAGGCGGCCCUAUCUAAUCCAGUCCAAUGUCAGGAUACCCAAUUACAGCUACCAACUCGAUGGUUUGAUACAAGGACCACAGAUCGAAAGCAUGUAGCAUCUCGGUCUUUGUUCGGGAGACACUUAUGGGAAAUAGAAAACCCUGUUCAUCUCAGAACCCAUGGGGCUGGUAACAGGUUCGGCACUAUGC